AUGUCGACCACCAGUGCUGCUCCACAGCCACACCUCGAAGGUAUACCCUUGGAGCUUUUUCGUAUGAUCUGCGACGAGGCUCCACCGGAGGCACUGGCUUGCCUGUCUCUCGUAAGUCACUUUCUCAGGCACCAGCUGGGCCCUGUAGAUGCCAACGUAUCUGGCGAAGUGCGGGCCGAGUUCUUGAAGAUAAUGGAGCGCAAUUCACCCCUAGUGUAUUGCCCGUGGUGCGACAAACUCCACAUGCCGGAAAGGUCGGUUCUCGCUGGCGACAAAGGCCGCCGCGCCUGCCAAUCGACACAGUCUCUAUCUCUCAUGCGGGCCGAUAGCUACGUCGAUGAGAUGCACCCGGUCCUUCUUUACGGCAUCGCCAAGUAUCAUCGGGAAAGACGGCAGGCAUCUCACUUGUGGCUAUUGUUGCCGUCGGUAGGCAAGAUAUCCCAUCACCCCGCCAGUGGUAUUAACACGCCGCAGACGCAUGUCAGCAUCAGGGUCAAGGACAAUGGAAUCUUUGCCAAGCAUCAGACUGUCCUCGCAGCGCCACACCUGCAAGACAAUAAUCGUCUGCAUGUCCACCAUUGCACGCACAAUCGCACGCAGAUUGAGCCUGAGAGAAUCCGCUGCGACUUACCGGGCGGCAUCUCCAUGAGCCGGCGUUAUAACAGCCACACAAGCCUCGGAUUGGAGCACCAUAACGACCGCCUGCAUAGCUGUGAAGUGUGCAACCGUGAUAUCCGCAUUGAAGUCUACAAUAAAAGUCCCCCGGCGGUGAGGUUCACGACGUGGUCGUAUCUUGGGCCCGGAGAGUCUGUAGAAUCCAUUGCAAUGCGGCGCGUGAAUCCCAGGUUCCGUGCCGUUGGCGAGACGACCCUCGGGGCUGGAAGAGUCCGCGAGUUGUUCGAAACCCCGGCUUAG